AUGUCGGCUCCGUCACAAACACCAGGCGCCCCUGCGCCGGGUGCUUAUCAAGGAGGACCUGCGGCUACUCCUCCAGCACCCGCGCAUACAACUACAUCAACAACAGGACAAACAGGUACCAGCACGACGGGAGGACCGAUGUCCAAUCAAAACCUUAACCAGAUAGUAACUGAUUAUCUACUCAAGCGGGGGUUUAAUCGCACAGAGGAAGUGUUUCGCCAAGAAUCCAAACAUCUUGGCCCAGAUGGUAAGCCCAUCUAUCAGCUGGCUAAUCUUGGCCCAAAAAAGUAUCAAAAGGCCUUUGCUCUUCUUCGCGAAUGGGUAGAAAACAACCUGGACAUCUACAAGUUUGAACUGUCUAAACUGCUUUGGCCUGUCUUUGUCUACUCUUUCCUAGAGCUUGUCAACCAUGCCUACACUGAAGAUGCCAAAGCCUUCCUUAGGGAUAUUGGCCCCAACUUCCAGCCAGUUCAUGCAGAUGAUCUGAAGACGCUUGGGACCAUCACACUGUCUCAACACAUUAAUGAGAAUCCCAUGACAAAGCUAUACCGGGAGAACAAGUACCGGAUUCCUCUAAACCAACAUGCUAGCGGGGAUCUCUUCAAUUUCCUCGAGCGCGAGUCUGAUCAGGGCGGUUCCGUCAUUCGACAGCUUUUGGCGACGUAUUGCCAGAUUGACUCCACAGCUCGCGGGCCUAUCACUCCCUUUAGCUUCGAGGCUGUUUACAGACGAUCAAGAAACAUGGAAAUAGAGAGCGUGGACACCAACGAGGGCAUUCCAGGCGUUAACAUCGGGUUGUCUAACAAGGAUGUUCUGGACCCUACCACUCCCUUGAAGCUCGGCCCCUUGCCUAUGGACGCAGAUCUUCGCGAUGAUGUGCGCGCGGAACUAGAAGAGGAAGAAAGACGAAACCCACCCCCUCCAGGAAAAGCAUCAUUAGUGGAUGAAUUUGACCAGAAGAUCAAACGCGAGGAGAGUGUGGAUGCCCCAAGCAGAACAGAACUACCUCUACCGCCGUCUAGACCGAGAGACAUCAUGCUCGAGAUGCAAAAGCUCAGGGAGAAUCGCGAUCGAUUCAAGAUUGAUGGUGCCACAGGAGGCGUAGGCGUGCCGAUCAGUGCAUGCAUGUUCACUUUCCACAACACACUUGGGAGUGUCGCUUCUAUGGACUUUUCCAACGAUGGGCAGCUGGUGGCUGCCGGCACCACUGAAUCUUAUAUCAGAGUAUGGUCGUUGGAUGGCAAAGCCCUGCCCACAAUGAACGCGCACGAGAAGGAUGCCAAGUUCAACAGCCGCAAGCUCAUCGGACACUCGGGCCCUGUUUACGAUGUAUCUUUCUCUGACGCCGUAUCUGGUCCCCCACAAAAGCUCUUUGGCGAUGAAGGCAAAUCAAACCCAGCCAUGGACACCCGGCCCAAGCUGCUGCUAUCUGCAUCAGCGGAUGGUCAGAUUCGUCUAUGGUCGUUGGAGUCUUGGAGCUGUCUGUGUCUGUACAAGUCUCACGAUGGACCUGCAUUCAGAACACUCUGGGGACCCCAUGGGCACUACUUCCUCAGCGGAGGGUACGAUAAGGCUGUUAGAGUAUGGAUGCAAGAUCAUGCCUCUCCUCAGCGACUACUGGUUGGCCAUGAUACAGCCAUCUCAGCGCUUGCAUGGCAUCCCAACGGUCUCUAUGUGUUUUCCGCCUCUGAUGAGACUGACAAGUCGAUCCGUAUGUGGUCCGUAGUGACUGGUGCUUGCAUGCGUGUUUUCACGGGCCACAACGAGUACAUCACCGCAAUGGAAUGCGCGCCAAAUGGCAAGAUCUUAGCAAGUGCCGAUUGCGCAGGUAACAUCUUCUUUUGGGACCUUGCUAAAGGAACACGCAUCAAGCGAUCACGUGGACAUGGCAAGGGUGGUAUCUGGUCACUAAGCUUCAGUGUCGAAUCCAACGUACUCGCAUCUGGUGGCCAAGACGGUACAGUUCGACUAUGGGAUGUUGAGCUGCCCGCUGACCCGCAAAAGGCUAGUCAGCAGCAAGCCGGCCAUGACGCAACGGCAGUGGGAACGGAUGGUGCAAACGCUGGAGGCGCUGCUGGUGAAGGUUCUCGCGUUGCAGCUGCAACUUCGGGGCAAAAUGGAGGCGCCAGCACGACUGGAACUCACAAGAAGAAGAACAAGGAGGUCAUGAUCACCCCAGACCAGAUCAGCGCGUUCCCAACUAAGAAGACGCCGGUGAUGAAGGUCAAAUUUACACGGAUGAACUUGGUAAUUGUGGGAGGAUGUUACGACCCCGAGCGUUAG